UAUGCAAUAAAAAAAAAUGGAAUUUGGAAACUUAAAAGAGAAGCGUGGUUAAAAUUAGAUCCCUAUAAUUUUAAACCAUAUAAUUCAUCACAAAUAAACAAUGUUGUUCAAAAAAUGAAUAAUAUAGCUAAUCAAUUAGGUUUACCUGAAGAUGCACCUGAAAGACCACAUCCACCGGAACAAAAAGUGCCUGUUAACUAUCCAGCAGUUAAUUUUGAACCUUCAGUUAUUACUGAGAGUUCCAAUGGUGUGCAAUUAUCUGAAGGAGAAACAACCCGAGGUGGGAAAACGACUCGUGGUGGAAAAACAACGCGCGGUGGUCGAGACAACAGAGGUGGCGGAGGUGGUAGAGGUCGUGGAGCAAAAACAAUAACAACUAAUGUCACAGCCACUUCAGGAGAUCAAUCAAUAAAUGCUACACGAGGUCGGAGAGGAAGACCUAUUGGUUCUAAAAAUUCCACUCGUGGUGUCAAAACUGUAAAUCAAAAAGGUACAUCUUUAUCUACUACGGAAAUGGAAACCACCACACCUGUCGUUACACCUGCUGGGACAACUAUAUCUGCCAGUGCACCCAAAUCUACAGCAGUCACGUCUGCAAAUGCAACCAAAUCUACAGUAGUUACACCUGCAAAUGCAACCAAACCUUCAGCGGCCACACCCAAAUCUUCAGCAUCCACAUCUACAAAUUCAACCAAAUAUUUAACAGCCAC